AUGACUUCAAAAUCUUUUUACUAUCAAGGCAAUCACACAUUCUCUAAAACAGAAAAGGGUUAUAUAGUUUAUCCGAAAUCUCUUAAUGUUAUUUGGGGUAAUGAUAACAGGCGCUAUUGGAAGUUACCUAAAUACGAAAAGGAUGGUGUAAAACUUAUGCGAGUAAAUUGGUUAGAGGUAACAGGUUAGGUUGAUAUAGCGAAGAUUGAAUUUAAGAUGUCAUUGAUGACUGACGCGUUCGGUUGGAGCGAUUCACCAGUUUAUCUUAUGACGAAAUGGGGAGAUAAUACUCGAUGGAAAAAGGUGAAUUCGACAAAUGGAAUUGAUAGCAAAAAGAUGAUAUCAAAAGUUAUUACGAUAACAAAAGGGAAGGGGAACACAACUGAUAAAAUUUAUUUUGGAUUGUAUGAAGUUUGGAACAAAAAGUGGAAAGGAGUUCUCAAAAUUCAUCUAAAAGUUUAUUUAGCCAAGUAUAGAAUAAUACUUGAGAAAUAUACGUCAAUCUUUUUCAUUCUGUAGAUCAAAAUUUAAAAUAGUAAAAUACCAAUUGUUAAAAGUUCAAUUUUUGUUAAAUGUAUUUUUGGAGUGUUUUCUUAAAUGUAUUUGUGUUUGUAACUUUGUA